AUGGCUUCACAUUUGGCAAACAUCUUUGGAACAGAGCAGGAUCGUGUCAACUGUUCUUUCUACUACAAAAUUGGAGCAUGUCGCCACGGCGAUCGCUGCUCACGAAAGCACAUCAAGCCACCGUUCUCACAGACAAUCCUUCUCCCCAACGUCUACCAUAACCCCGCUCAUGACCCUGUGUGCAAGUUGACGCCGAAAGAACUUCAGGAUGGUUUUGAUGCGGUGUAUGAGGACUUGUACUGUGAAUUGUCGAAGUUCGGUCACUUACUGGAGCUACAUGUUUGUGACAACGUCGGGGACCACUUGAUCGGAAAUGUGUAUGCUCGAUACGAGUGGGAGACAGAAGCUCAAGCUGCCGUGGACAAUUUAAACGACCGCUGGUAUGCAGGACGUCCACUAUAUGCUGAGUUGUCGCCCGUCACAGACUUCCGGGAAGCAUGCUGUCGACAGAACGAGAAUGGAGAAUGUAACCGGGGUGGUUUCUGCAACUUUAUGCAUCUCCGCCUCGCUUCCAAAGAGCUUGUAUCAAGCUUGCGGCACGGACAGCGUCUAGAGCGCAAAAUCAACCCCCCGCAGAAUGCAGGUGGCGCAGGUGGAUGGGAACCAUCCAAGCGCGAGGGUGGUCGCGGUCGUAGCGCCAGUCCAUCGAGGAAGGCUGGUAGUACUGGAGAGGAUAGGUGGACAAGGAAGUAG